CGCAGUGAUCUGAAACUCCACCCCCGGCAUCCAUUUCUGUUCUGGAAGACACGGUGCUCGUGAAGAAAAUCGUUGCUUUUAAAUUUUAUUUUAAUGUAUUUCUUGGACAAUCUGAGCCGUCACUCACGAAGAUAACCCAGAAAAACCCGCCGGUCUCAGUCGUCACAUUUUUUGUCUGAGAAACCGUUUAGUCUUUUGAAUCGAGGCGGGCCUUUAUUCCCCAUUUUAACUUUCCUGAGCGGCGUUUUCCGCCGUUUUUUUCCUCGUUAGCCCCACUCACUCUCCCCUCCGUGUGAGUAGGGGCCUGUAGUGUAGCCACGAGGCGCGUAGGACCAGCGUGAAUCAGGCGAUGGCGGAGUUUGGUAACGGACUAGCGGAGGAAUCUCUGCUGGACUCGGAUCCAGGGCACCCAGAACUUGAAGACCCAGGUGUCGGGGAUGAAGAACCAGGAUUAGAAGAGGGAGAGGCCGCUAUUGAGGACCCGGAACUGGAGGCUAUCAAAGCCCGGGUUCGAGAGAUGGAGGAGGAAGCGGAGAAACUGAAGGCGCUACAGAACGAGGUGGAGAAACAGAUGAACCUCAGCCCUCCGCCCAGUGAGUCUGGUCCCGUCAUCAUGUCCAUAGAAGAGAAAAUGGAGGCUGAUGGGAGGUCCAUCUACGUCGGAAACGUGGACUACGGCGCCACUGCAGAGGAGCUGGAGGCUCACUUCCACGGCUGCGGCUCCGUAAACAGAGUCACCAUUCUGUGUGACAAGUACACAGGCCACCCCAAAGGCUUUGCGUACAUCGAGUUUGCCGAUAAGGAGUCGGUGCGGACAGCCAUGGCACUAGACGAAUCCUUGUUUAGAGGACGGCAGAUUAAGGUCGGCGCCAAGAGAACGAACCGACCAGGAAUCAGUACCACAGACCGCGGCUUCCCCCGUGCCCGCUUCCGCUCGCGGGUCAACUUCUCGUCCCGGUCGCGCUACUACAGCGGCUACACGCCCCCCAGAGGCAGAGGACGGGCCUUCAGGGGCCGAGGGCGAGCAACAGCGUGGUAUUCCCCUUACUAAUAACUCCCAACCCCCACUCCCACUCCCCUUACCCCAAAUCCCACUCUUCUUUACUGUCAUCUCCUCCCAUUCCCUUAACAAAAAAAAAGAAAAGAAAAGGAAAAGAAAAGUCCCCCCUCUCAAUAAAGGAAGGAAAAAAAUCUCCUGAAGAAAAAAAAAAAGACAAAAAAAGAAAGGAGAAAAGAAAGCCUCUCCUGGACAGACAGACUGACAUGGCUGGGCUGCCUGCAGUGUGCGAUUGUGUGUGCGCGUGCGUGUGCGGACGUGAUGCGGUCCUCCUGGUAAGGUAUCAAGUGGCCGUUUUUUUCUUUUUGAGGGGGGGUAUAUGCUUGGGUUGGCAUUUUUUCUCUUGAUAUGUUGAUUUUCUUUUUUGUUUUGUUGUUUUUUGAAGAAAAGAAAAAAAAAGGAAAGAAAAGAAAAAAAAAGAUGUUAUCUCAGGCUGCAGAUGUGUGUCCUUUGGUCUGGUUGUGAAGCUCUUCCCCACCCCCCCUUCCUCCCCCCCACCCCUUAAUUUUUCUCUUUCGCAUCAAAUACCAGCCUUUCUCCUGUUUUUGUGUUCGGAGUGCAUAAAAAAAAUGCAAAUGACGAAAGAACACACUUUUAGCAAAAAAAAAGGAACUUGUACUUUUUGAAUAUGUGAUCUUGACAUGGCAAAGAAUGUUAAAUGAUUUUAAGUUG